UCUUUGGAAACACGUAAGGCCACCGCUGAUUGGUUAAGAUUGGCGAGUAUCUUGUUUGUCAUUGGUUGAUAGUCAACAGCAGGUUAAAAGAAGGGAAGAAGUUAGGGUUUCCGAAUACACUGACAGCACGGCCUUUGGGGGAGAAGAGCACCGUACUCACAGGCUUCGAAUUGCACGGGAUAUUUAGAGUAGAUACUAUAAAAGAAGCCAAUCAUGUCUUCAACGUCGCUAUUGGUGGUUGUCAGAAACUUCUAUGAUGAGUACAUGAAGAAAACUCCCAAGAAAUUAAAGAUCGUCGAUGCCUACCUCUUGUAUGUUCUAUUGACCGGGAUCAUCCAGUUUGUGUACUGCUGUCUAGUCGGAACUUUCCCAUUCAACUCCUUCCUGUCUGGGUUCAUCAGUACGGUUGGCUGCUUUGUUUUAGGGGUGAGCUUGAGACUGCAGGCAAACCCUCAGAACAAAAUGCAGUUCGUUGGCAUCUCCCCAGAACGAGGCUUUGCAGAUUUCAUCUUUGCGCACAUCAUCCUUCACCUGGUUACUGUUAACUUCAUCGGUUAAUAAGGGACGAUCAAGUAUUUUGUUUUUGGUUUUCUUUAAAGGAUGUGAAAUGUUCAAAGAUCAUGUGUAAAGGAAAUGAAUGUUCACUAAAGAAGCCAUGUUAUUUUCAAAGAUGCAGAAUAAAUUACAUUCCCAUGUGCGUGUAUGGUUUAACGAUUGGAGUUUGUUCAUGAAGUCACCAGUAAAUUUAUAGUUAAUGGA